GGAUCUUACCCUGUACCCUGAGUGUUGGUGAUCCUUGACUCUUGACGAUACAUUUGGCCAGUAUUUCGAGCAGCAGCCCCAGCGACGGCGAUAACAGCGCCCUAGCAAAUACUUGAAAUUUGCUGGCGGUUUGUCAUCCCUGGCGGCAUUGGAUGCUGCUGAUGCGAUGGAUGGGAGUUCCGUCAGCCAUCUGAGUGCUGACGGCCCAUCUGAGGGCCGCGUCGCUGGGGAUCCUCCGCGGCUGCAGGUCCUUGUGCAGCCAAAUAAGAAUCAGAAGCGACGCUAUAAUAGCGAUGGGCCAACACGUGGACAGAUCAAGGACGACUCAGGAGAGAAAGUUCCGACGGUACGGCUGGAGAAUUUCCCGCAUCACGUCCUGAUGUACAUGAUGGCGUGCACGUCUAAUGGUGAACCCCAUCCGUUCUUUGAGCUCCAGAGCGUGGACAAAUGCGGUUGCAAACAGAGUACGCUGGAUGGCCGGCCUGCAGUGGUGACCGAAACGUCGCCCGAAAAGGCCAUGGAGGCGAGGUUCGCUGCCUGCCUGAAGCGGCUGGCCAUGCGCACCGUCCAGGAAACCAACGAGCAUGACUUCACGAAGUGGAAAUGUGAAAGUGAGAAGGUGCACCUUGGGUUCUUGGCGGUGGCGCUGCCGCGACAUCAGCCGCUUGCUAGCUGCUUGUCGAAUCCUAUCCACAUGGUGCAGGGACGGUUACUUGAAAUGAAGCGCAUCAUCCCCAGCACGGGCACAUCGGCAGGCGAGAACGUGGUCUGCAUCACGGGAAAGAACUUCCCGGCCAGCGCCAACCUGAAGGUUCGCUUCUUCCUGAACGAAGGGCCCGACCGGCCGAUGUGGGAGUCCUACGGAGACGUGGACAACGGCGACAGCAGUGAGAAGCAUCUGGUCAUCACCGUGCCGCGUGGACCCGGUAUGUGUGCGCAUCGCGAGACUGUACAGGUGGCGGUGGAGAUUCUGCCCGCAACCACCACUCAGACUCGCCAGAAAACCAAGCACCUGUACUACUCCUACAUGUCGUCGUCGGCCUCGCAAGGAAGCAUUGCUUCGCGCAUCAAGAUGAUGCAGUCGUCUAUAGCAGAGGUGCGGCAGGAUGCGCAGACAAUGAUGAGGCGAAUCGAGCCGAACACGCAAGGGCACAUCUCCGAACUCCUACCGGAGCAGAUGAUGCCGGGCUUCCCUCCGUUUCGAGGACCUUCAGUUGGCCAUGGGUAUCCUGUGGCGGGCGCCCCGGGCAUUCACGAUGGCGGACUGCACCCUGCUCCGUUACUCAUGGACCCCCGUACGGCGCCAACAGCCAAUGCAGCAGCUGUGCACCCCCCGGCGGCGAGUUACACCAGCGAGCUUCAACACCCAAGCAUAUUUCCUAUGUCGGCCGGUACGUCCAUGACAGAUGAGUCGAUGGAAACAACGAGUGUCACAUCGCCGCGAAUGUUCUCCGGUGCCCACUUCCAUCCGGGCAUUAAAACGGAACAGUUUACGGGCACGAAACGGCCGAAUAUGUCCGACGGUCCAGAGCCUUCGGCAAAAAUGGCCAACUUGUCUAGCCACAUGUCCAAUGGUGGCACGCUACCCCGGACAACGACACUAACUAAUAACAGUAGUACGAACAAUACUCUGGAUCAUCUCGCUGCCAGUGUUUUCUCCCCGGAGGCGUUCAGCACUGUUGCACAGCCGUCUCCAGUUCAGUCGCAGGCCAGCAGGGGGCCGAGUGCUCUUGAUAUAUACUCCAGCGCCCAACAGGACACUGGUCUGUGUGGCUUGCCUGGUGCUGAGUCGGAUCUGAGAUUUGCCAACGAUAUGGGCCGCAUUCCCAAUGAUUUCCUCUUCAACAUUGACCACUACAGCGAGGAGGACUUUAGCCAGAUUGUAAAUGCCGCGGACAACAGUCAGCUCAAGGCAUUACAGCAACCUGGACAGAUGCCUCACCAGCAACAGCAGCACCAACUGCAGCAGCAACACCACCAGCAACAGCAGCACCAACAACAGCAGCCGCAACCUCUCAGCGCACAGCUGUCGAGCCAAUCAGGACUCUGAACUUGAACUGAUACAAUGUGAGUAUUUGUAGAUCAGUGCCCGCCAAUACUAUUGAUAGCUAGAGUGGUGAUGGCUUCCACUGCUAUUGCUUUUGCUCUUCUAUAGUACUGGCAAAGCUUGAUGUAUAUGGCUUGUUUAGGUCUGUAUAUGCAACGAUUUGAGUAGCAUCAAUUUCAUACUCAUCAUUGCACAGCGACACAAACUGACUUUAUGUACCAUAGGAUUUCUAUUUGCCUUGGAGGCCUCUGUCAUGUGAACAGUUCAUCAUCACAGUAUGGUGUCUGUCAUUUCCCCGCUUUGCUUGCUACCAUCACGUGCACCCACGUGCCCAUGUACAAUAUGAUUGUUCUCCUGUACAUUCCCUUUGGAGAAGACAAGCAAACGCCAUUUACAUGCGCAGCGGUCUAUUGAAAUGUUCAGCUUGUCAAUGUUUAAUGGCAUGUUCUCCGGGUGUUUCCUGCCUGCUCUUGUGCUUGUCAGGCUUAGCUAAGAUUGCUUGAUACAACUUGCGCAGGUAGGUCACUGCCAGUCGGUGAUAAACUGCUCUUAUUUGUCCAUAGCUGGCUCAGUCUUUGCAGUUGAACUGCUUGCUGCUUGCUGCUUGCUUGCAUUUCACGUUCCACGAUAAUUGACUUUGCAGAGUAUUUUCUUUUUCCUCUUUCAGACAAUCCUAGUUCUACUCAGUGCAGAUUUUAGUAGCAUGCGACACCAGGGAAGUGCCAUCAACGGCACCACCCUAUCCUGCCCUGUUCAAUUUCUAUUUCUGCUGAUGCCAGUCUCCCUGGUUCAGUUCACUUGUAAAUAGCUUCCGCAACUGUGCCCGUCGCUAUAUGCCCAACUAUUUUUUGCUGAAGGAAUCUGCUUCAAUCUUGAGCUAAUAAAUUGGACUCUCGUCGCCUCCAUGCUA